ACCAACGGCAGGGGUGUAGUGUAGUACGAUACCUUACUCGUUCGUACCGGUAGGAGUCAUCGUUUCUGGAACUUGUUAUCCUACCGAAAGCUGCUGACAACGUGCUGUUUGUGACAGUUUGUCGCGACAGCCUAUUGUUUGUGUUUGYCGCUCGAGUCUACAGGCGAAACGCCAGAGCUUUCGUAACUAAGACAGCGUUUGGCAUUGAAUGGACGCGAAGGAUUCGUCAACCAGCCAACCAACCAAGCAGUUUUAAGAUGAGCAGCGCGACAAAGCUUCCGUCACAAUCCUCGCUUGGGCGAGACAACGAGACCGGCGCGACGAGCGGCAUCGUCGAUAGCAACCCCAAAACCGUGGACUCCGAGUUCGAACAGAUCCUGCGGAUCGCCGGGAUAGAGUCCGCGCCGAUGGACCCAUCCAGUGCUGCAUACCUGCGAACCAUGAUCCGCUUGGAGCUGGAAAAGGCAGACCACAAAAAGGCAGAGGAGAGCGAAGAAGACGACGACGUUUCCAUUGUUCGUGUGGAAGCAGAUGGAACAGAAUCUGCUUCGGCAGCUACGCAAACUGCUUACUACAAAGUGGAACAGACGACAACAACUUCUGUUACUGUGCGAAGCAACAAGAUUCCACCCGUGGAUUCCGCAAGCGCCCCGGCAGCGAACACGAAGACCAUCCCCCCCAAACCAGCUCACUUGGUUGCUGCCGAAAAACUUGCUCUGAAAAUAAACAGUUCACGCGAAGAGACAAAUGCCGAGGUYUCCGUGAAACAAGAGGAAAUGGAUGCUUCCGAGAGCAACGUUUCUGUGGUAUCCAUGCUACGAAAAGAAUUGAGCGAUCAAAAGCGAGCCAUGGAUCGUCAAUCCGAGAUUCUACUGUUGCUGAGCGGUCACCUCCGAGAACUCACUGAUACGGUUCAUCAUCUCAAGAAUUCCGUUGAAGGAUUGCAGCAACAGCAGGUAGUGGAUAAGCAUGAUUCUUCUCCCUCUUCUCACUCGACCCUCAGCGAGGGAGCAAAAGAUCGUUCCGCCACUGUGGAUGCACCGGUGGAAAUCGAUCCCCCGCUCCCAAACCAGCAACCGCAAAACGAUAAUGGCGCGAAUGGCGCUGUUCGCGGCAAUGCAUUCCGCAGAGCUCACGAGCUUGCCCACCACGUGGCCUGGAGAGUUGUCACUUUUCCAAUUCGGGCCCUGUUAUUCUGUUUGAAAUACGAGUACCGAAUCUGGCUGGUCCUCUGGAGGUUGGCCAAACGGGACCUCCUGAACCCUUUCCGGGAAGCGGGGAUGAUUUUUCAGCUGGGCUUUGCCCUGAUGAUUAUUUAUGGGAGAAUUGCACCGGCGUUGGAGAAGGCGUGGGAGAAGAAACAGGCAAACAAUGACAACGAUGGUGAUGAUGAUUCCUAUGAUGGUGACGAGGACUAUAUUGACAUGGACGACCCCCACAUUCAGGUUCUAGGAAUCACUGUCGCAGUAGUGGUAGGAUUUGUAUUCCAUGUGGGCAUAAUUGGCUUGUUUUACCGGUUCUUCCUCCGAGAUCAACUUCACGUGCGUAUUUGGAAGGAUCUGAGGGCGGGUGUGGAAUUGACUCCAACAUAUGGACUGGAUAUGGACCAGAUCGACAAUACGGAGGACGGACGAAACAACAACAAUAACGUCGAAGAGCAAGAUGCCGCUAAUGACAAUCGCGGUCUUCCCAGGCCACAAAACAGGCGUCCACCAGCAGUUGGAAGAAAUCCACGUGGAAAUGUUCGCAACGGCGGUUUUAUACCCAAUAUCGCAAACGCAGUCGUGAAUGGAGUCAACGACUUUUUCAUGGGACACUACAGACGCCCAGAACAGCGAGCUGCCAUUGGAGGUGGUGCGGCCGCACGUGCAAAUACAAACGUGAACGAAGGACCAAUCGAGGAAGCUGAAAACGAUGCCGCCGGUCACAACCCAGGGAAUCCGCUCGUGAAUUUUGUGUUGGACAUUCUGUGCUUGUUUUACAGCUUUUUUUUGUCGAUUUUGCCUGUAUGGAACUACGAGCAGCAACUCCGGGACAUUCGAGACGAACAAGAUCGAUUGGCACGCGCCCGGGUGCAACGCGAGGCCGAGGCGUUGCGGAAUCAGAAUAACAAUAAUGAUGUCGAAGCAGAGGAUGAGUCCCAGUCGAAGUCGGAAGAAAGCGAUGACGAAAGCGAUAGUGAACGUGGUUAACGCAUAGGAAACUAGUUUCCAACGGAGAAUUUUUCAAAACGAUAGAAUGCAGUAUUUGAUUAGCAAUGAUACUGAUGGUGAUAUUUCUCUGCGGAGAAAGGGUUUAUGAACAGAACGGCUUGGUAUGGCGAAAUAAAAACUAYAGAACGCAUAUGCCUUCUGUGAAAAGACAGGUUUUGAUGAUUCGUCAGCGUUCAUCCCGUGAGCUAGUCCUCYACCGACUCAAAGCGUUUCUCAUUGAGCUUUUAUUACAGUAAAUUUUUGUAUCACUA